AUGCUCUUCCACCCGUGGCGCGUGUUGGACCCCGAGGAAGCUGACCUUUUCUACGUACCCAUCUACUCGGCACUGAGCUCGAAACUGACCGAACACAGCACCAUACAUCUCGAACUACGUCGCAGAUGUGGGGGCUUGACGCACGACGAACUCAUGGACGCCUCGGUGGAGUACCUGUCUUCGUCCAGUCUCUUCUUCAAUCGCUUCGGCGGCGCCGACCACAUUCUCAUGUGCGCGUGGUGGGGUUGCAGGAAUGGGCUGGGGCCGAAACACCGGAUGCUGCUACGCCGCACGGUCGUUGGAAUCAACGAGAGGGUAUUUAAGUGGACCAGAUGGGGCUGCGGGCCGCGAAAGAUGGUCACCGUGCCUUACACAGCGAGCAGCGUCCUCGCUACAAGCGACAUGAUCGGGGGGCGCACGGCUGAAGCCCGCGACAUUCCGUUCUUUUUUGUCGGGACGGCCCGCGGCCGCCCGGAGCGCGAAAACCUCGACGUGGUGGCGGACAUUGCAAAGGGCAGCGUCGUGAUACUUGAUAACCUUCCAUCGCGAUGGGGCAUGAACUCGACGCAAUACGCCGAACACAUGGCCCGCAGCAGGUUCUGCUUCUCUCCACGUGGAGACACGGAAUCGAGCCGCCGCCUGUUCGACGCCAUCGCGGCGGGGUGCACGCCGAUCGUCACCGAGGCAACGGUUCCCAUGCUUCCAUUUUCCCAGUGA